AAGACGUCUUCCAAGAGCCACCUUCCUCUCUCUCUCCCCCCUUCGGAGAGGGAGCCGCAUAUACACACGCGUAUACACGCACACAUAUACAGAGAGAGAGUUAUAUAUAGUAAGAAGUGGAAAAUGGGUUGCGGCGUGAAUCUCUUCUACCCAGUUCUCAUCGGCCUCUCUGUAGCUCUCAUCAGUUACAACAUCAUCAUCUCCGCAAACGGACCUCUCAAGCAUGAGCUUCCGGGCAGAUCGUCGGUAUUCUUAGUUCACCCAGUCAUUGAAAUGCCUCGACUCGGAUCCAGAAUCCGCGGCGGCGGAGGUAAGGAGGAGAAGAGGCUGUUCCACACGGCGGUCACGGCUUCGGAGUCGGUGUACAGCGCAUGGCAGUGUAGAGUCAUGUACUACUGGUUCAAGCGGGCUAAGGAUUCCGGCGGGCCAUUGUCGGAGAUGGGUGGGUUUACCCGGAUCUUGCAUUCCGGUAAGCCUGACAAGUACAUGGAUGAGAUUCCCACGUUCGUCGCUCAACCUUUACCAUCUGGGAUGGAUCAGGGUUAUGUGGUGCUGAACAGGCCAUGGGCAUUUGUACAGUGGAUUCAGCAAGCAGAGAUCAAAGAAGAUUAUGUUCUGAUGGCUGAGCCUGAUCAUAUAAUUGUCAAACCUAUACCAAACCUGGCCAGAGCUGGACAUGGAGCUGCAUUUCCAUUCUUUUAUAUCGAACCCAAGAAGUACGAGAAGGUCUUGAGGAGGUAUUAUCCAGAGGAGAGGGGACCAAUAACCGACAUUGAUCCGAUAGGAAACUCUCCAGACAUUGUGGAGAAGGAAGCUCUGAAGAAGAUCGCUCCGACGUGGAUGAACGUUUCGUUGGCCAUGAAGAAGGAUCCCGAAACAGACAAAGCUUUUGGAUGGGUUCUUGAAAUGUAUGCUUAUGCUGUCUCCUCAGCUUUGCACGGUGUCAGCAACAUUCUGCACAAGGACUUCAUGAUUCAGCCCCCAUGGGACACAGAGGUAGGUGACAAUUACAUCAUACAUUACACUUAUGGAUGUGACUACGACAUGAAGGGUCAACUAAUGUACGGAAAAAUCGGGGAAUGGAGAUUUAACAAAAGAUCGUAUGAGAACUCUCCACCGCCGAGGAACCUUACCCUGCCUCCGCCCGGCGUUCCAGAGAGUGUGGUGACAUUGGUGAAAAUGGUGAACGAAGCCACAGCCAACAUCCCGAACUGGUAAUCAUAGAGAUCAUAGUUGAUUCAGUUCAUAAUGACUUUACUUUUUAGUACAUGAUAUUUGGAUACUGUGACAAUGAACCCAAAGAGUCGGUCCAAUCAUAAAUUUGAAAAAAAUACAA